AUGGGCAUGCCAGACCCCUAUCCCGGUCAACUUUCCAACCAGCCUUUGCAAGCUGGGCUGGGAUUAUUUGACUCAACUGGCCCUGGUGAGGAAGAGGCAGUAAAUUUCACUGACAUGGUUGCCAUUGGCGAAUCAAAUCUGGUAUGUGGUGCUUCUGGUGUUGUCCCACUAGUCUCUACAGCAUCGGGCUACACAUCUGCCUCUGGCACCUGCAACGCAACAGUUACAUGUGUUAAUACUCCGGGAAACCAGAGCAGGAGGAGUACACCGAUUACCGGCUCGAGUAGUUCUCUUCAGAUGCUCAAGACUGACGACGUUGUUGGUGCGGACGAUGAGAUUGGAUUGGUCGGUGAGAAGCCGAAUGAUGCCUUGAGACAAAUGCCUCCAACUCGAGAGGAUUUGGCCGACGGGACAAUGCUGGGUCUGGCCGUCCAGACAUCAUCUGAUUGCGGUCUGUCCCAUCUGGCGGCAGAGUACCGACAGCCGUCCGGGGGACUGGGCUCAGUCUACUAUUCAGGCGUUCCUGGAAUGCUGGCCGGACCAAAUGCCUCGGUCUCCGCACCGUCUGGAUGGCUAACAGUAGGCCUGGGUCAAGAGGGCAUGGGUCAGGCGAUGACACAGGCCAUGCUGAUGCUGCCGCCGCAUCAGGUCAUUCCAGGCCAGCUGCAGACUCCAGGGAUUUUGGAUGGAGCUGUCGGUUGCCAGUUGUCAGGGGAAGAGGCGGACCGACACUACUCGAGUGGUGGUUGUAACAACGGACAUGGCACCAAUCAUACCUCCGGCAACAUUCUAGGCCCGGGUACGGCAUCGAUGGAGCUGCAAACAAGCACACCGAUUGCUGGACUGUCGAUGUCUCCCAUGUUGUCUGCCGGGCACUCGUCUGUACCGUUGUCCAGUCAAACUGGCCUGUAUCCGGCGCCAGGCCAGCUGACGGGAAUAACCCAUUUCGUGACCUCUCAGCCUCCCAUCACAUCUUCACAUUUGGUCUCGUCGACUGGGAGUCGGAGUCGCCUGGUUCGGUUGUCUAAUGGCACGGCUACAGCUACCGGCCAGUCUACGGCCCCACUUGCUCUGGUACAAACUUAUCCGGGCAGUCUCAUUCCAACCAGACAACAGCCUGUAUUUGCGGAAACUGCGAAUUUCCCACAAGUCGUCUAUCCCGACGGCCUGGCCGGGCAGGCAGUGUUCGACCAGUUGAUCUCAACAGGUGAACGGGCCGAGCCGAAUUUUGAGACGCUCGACUCGAACGACAGAAUCGUCUACCUCUCGGACAUCGGACACUGUGAGCCCGUGGCCCCCGGGGGCUCCGGAGGACACGGUUAUCCUGCCUCUGCGAGUGACCUCGUGAUUAUGCAGUCCAACUCGUCUCCGCCCCCUCCGUCCUCCCUCCAGUCCUCCAUCGGACUGUUGUCAAGCCGGUCGGUUGGUCUGAGUCUUCCUCAAUCCGCCCUACAGCUGACUUGUCCGAUGUUCGGUCAGCCCUUCUUCACAACUAUACGCGGACUGCCGACCUCGGCAACCACUGGAGGCAGAUAUCCCACUGGUCUGACGUCCACGACCCAUAUGGGUAACCUUCAGUCGUCUGGGCCUGUCCCUACAUCAGACACAUGUCUACGCACAAAAAUAUGCAAGCAUGAAUGCUCCAAUUGCCACACCAGCAAGGCUGUUUUUGGCAACGCCCAUGUUGGUUAA